AUGAAUAUAACUCAUAUAAUUGAAAAAUGUGAGGAGAAACUGUACACCGACAGUAAUAAUAACAGUUUAGCAAGGGAAAAAUCGAGGCGGGGCAGACGCAGGCUAGACGAGACACGCCUUCACCACUUCCUCCGUUCUCCUAUCCCCGCCUUUUCCCCGCCCAUCACCCCGUGUUCCCGCCCAUUGCUGUUCGACGACUCUUGGGAGAGCGCUUUCCCAGCAUGCAGCGAGGCGUUCGCUAGCAAGAUGGCUGAUACGAUGGAUGAAUACGAGAAAGAAGCUGGCUGCGUCCCUAUUCUGCACCCGGAGGAAAUUAAGCCACAGAGCCAUUAUAAUCAUGGUUACAGUGACUCUCUUGGACGGAAAAGUCAUAUAGAUGACUAUAGCACUUGGGAUAUUGUUAAAGCCACUCAGUACGGAAUAUUUGAACGCUGCCGAGAACUUGUAGAAGCCGGAUAUGAUGUUCGACAACCAGACAAAGAAAAUGUUACCCUUUUACACUGGGCAGCCAUUAACAACAGGAUAGACCUAGUCAAAUACUACAUCUCUAAAGGUGCUAUUGUAGAUCAGCUUGGAGGAGAUCUGAACUCUACGCCAUUGCAUUGGGCAACCAGACAAGGGCACCUGUCUAUGGUUGUUCAACUCUUGAAAUAUGGUGCCGAUCCAUCACUGAUCGAUGGUGAAGGCUGCAGUUGCAUUCAUUUGGCUGCUCAGUUUGGACAUACAUCAAUUGUGGCAUAUUUCAUAGCAAAGGGUCAGGAUGUAGAUAUGAUGGAUCAAAAUGGAAUGACUCCCUUAAUGUGGGCAGCAUACCGAACACACAGUGUUGAUCCCACAAGACUUUUGCUCACAUUCAAUGUGUCUGUUAAUCUUGGUGACAAGUACCACAAGAACACUGCAUUACACUGGGCGGUAUUAGCUGGCAACACAACAGUUAUCAGUUUGUUGUUAGAGGCUGGUGCAAAUGUGGACUCUCAAAAUAUCAAGGGAGAGACUCCUCUAGAUCUUGCCAAACAAAGAAAAAAUGUGUGGAUGAUCAAUCAUCUGCAGGAGGCAAGGCAAGCUAAAGGUUAUGACAGCCCUUCAUUCCUAAAGCGACUGAAAGCAGAUAAGGAGUUUCGGCAAAAGGUGAUGCUAGGGACUCCAUUUCUUGUAAUCUGGCUAGUGGGGUUCAUAGCUGACUUAGACAUUGACUCUUGGCUUAUUAAGGGCCUUAUGUAUGCAGCUGUCUGGAUCACCGUACAGUUUCUUUCAAAGUCUUUCUUUGAUCAUUCCAUGCACAGCGCCUUACCUCUUGGAAUAUAUCUGGCUACAAAGUUCUGGAUGUAUGUGACAUGGUUCUUCUGGUUUUGGAAUGAUCUUCCUUUUGUCACCAUCCAUAUUCCAUUUCUUCUCAACAGUUUAGCACUUUUCUAUAACUUUGGAAAAUCCUGGAAGUCUGACCCAGGAAUAAUUAAGGCUACUGAAGAACAAAAGAAAAAGACUAUAGUUGAACUUGCGGAGACGGGCAGUUUGGAUCUCAGUAUAUUCUGCAGUACAUGUUUGAUACGAAAGCCAGUCAGAUCAAAACACUGUGCUGUAUGUAACAGAUGCAUUGCAAAGUUUGACCAUCACUGUCCAUGGGUAGGCAACUGUGUAGGGGCUGGAAAUCACAGAUACUUCAUUGGAUAUUUAUUCUUCUUACUGUGUAUGCUUUGUUGGAUGAUUUAUGGGUGCAUUUUCUACUGGAGAAUUCACUGUGUAACCAGCUACUCAAAGGAUGGCUUAUGGACAUAUAUUACACAAAUAGCCACCUGCUCUCCAUGGAUGUUCUGGAUGUUUUUAAAUAGCAUUUUUCAUUUUAUGUGGGUUGCAGUACUAAUCAUGUGUCAGAUGUACCAGAUUGCCUGCUUAGGUGUAACUACUAAUGAAAGAAUGAAUGCAAGAAGAUAUAAGCACUUUAAAGUUACAACAACAUCAAUUGAAAGUCCCUUCAACCAUGGAUGUUUGCGCAAUAUCAUAGACUUCUUUGAGUACAGAUGCUGUGGUCUCAUGCGACCUGUGAUUGUAGACUGGACAAAGCAGUUCACAAUAGAAUACGAUCAGACCUCAGGAUCAGGAUAUCAGCUGGUGUAGCUGUGCUGGGGCUUCCUUCCAGUCAUAUCAAUCAUUGGCUUUUAUUUCUGGAGUGGUGCCUGAGAAAUUCACACCUGCGGAGACUGAUGUCAGCUCAGAUAAGCAUGCGGUUGUGGGGAUGCAGAGGGACAAGAAACAGUGCCUCCUUUUCACCUGAAGUUUUGAACACUCGGACAGUUUAAAAACUGCCAACACACAUCUCUAGGACUAAGAAGAUAACAAAAGGGAUUUGUUUGUUCUUGGAGAAAGGGAGUCAUUUGCAAUAUGUUAUUGCAACAUUGUAUUUCCGUUUGUUUUUUGUUCUGUUGCACCACUUUGGUUUUCCCCCCUUUGAUUAUAGUGAUGUUUUUUCUUUGGGGAGGCAAAUUUAAGCUUGACACUUAACAUUUCCAUAAAAGUUUACCAUUGGACUUGAGGAGGGAAUGGUUUAUAAAGAUUGAAAUGAUAGUUUAAUUCUUCAGGGAAUGGCCAGUGGAGAAGAGAAGAGUCUGAUUUCUCAUUUCAUGUCAUCUUUUGAGAAUCAGUAUAAACCGCCUUCAAAUAUGUGACAUUAAUUUAGGUAAAUGGGAGAGUCUUAUCCACAUAAGUUAUGACUGAAUACAUAAGCAGUGUUCUACUUAGCAUAGGCACUCCUUUGUAACUGAUGUAUUUAUUUUUUUUUUAAACUUUUUAUAGAUUUAUAAGUUAUUAAUAGAUGAGGUACUAUUGAGAGAGAGCUGCAUUUUAUAUUUUAAUUGAAAAAAGCCACCUCAUUAUCAACCAGAGUGAUUCAACUAGCACAUACAGUAAGUGCCACAGACUUGGGGUGACAAUAAUUCAUUAAAAGAGAUGACUGUCUGUACAAGAAGGUGAAGUUUAUGGAAUUGUUAAGACUUUGAAUUGAUCUUAAUGCUAAUUUAAUUUUUUUUCUUCACUUCAUUGCACUGAUUUUUUUUUUUUCUUUUGUACCCACUUUGAAUAAUGUGAGCUAAUUUAAGGCUUCCAGAAAACAGCAGGACAGUCCAUAUCUUAUUACACUCUCCCACCUGGAAGCUGAAUCAAAUUGAAGACGAGAGCUCGAAGCACGUCUAGAAAACCAACAAGUGUAAAGAAUGUUUGUCUGUAUAUAAAUGAUUUAGUUUACCCCUCUUGUGCGUGACGUGUUAGUUAAAGCUGCUCAUUUUAUUUUACACGACCAAAAAAAAGGAGCUAAUAAUAAACUUGUAUGACCUGUAGCCUUUAGCAUUUAGUGAUGUCCAGCUCUGCUGAUUUAUAUGCAUUUUACUCAACAGUUUCACUGCAUGCAUUUUGCUUGAAAAUUUGGUGGUCCCCAUAACGUAGGACAUUACUGUCACAGAAAAUUCCCAGCAUUUAUCCAGUAACUUGCUCACAGGUGAGGAGAGCUUCUUUUGUAAAUAUGUUAUUGUCUGGUAAUUGCAAAAAGAGGGUCUAUUUUCUUUGGAAAUGCAGUGUAUCUAAUUUGCAAGUGCCAGAUACCAAAGUUGCUUUAAAAAAAAAGAAAAUACAGCAGUGUACCAAU